UCAUUGUCAGGAUUUCUUCAUUUCAGGACUAAAGACCUAAAGACUUGUUCUAAAAUAAAAGAGAAGGACGGAGAAGCCAAAGCAGAACACUACAUUUUUUUAAUUCUUUUUUAGGCUGUGGAAACUAUUCACAUAAGCUAUCGUUUGUUUCUGCUCCUUUCCUAAUUUUAGCAGAUAUCCGGGAUGUACAGUUUUUUACUGACCCUUCAUUUUAGUUCUGUGAAACAGCAUUUGAAUCGCAUAUAUUAGUCUUAUUGUUAAUUUUUAAGUAUAAAGACAUGAAGGUUGCUGUCUUGGACUUGGGAACUGUAUUUGCAAAAUUUUUUAAAUCAUCUGUAUCUCCUAAAAGCCCUGGACCAACCAAUAAUCCUUUCUCUCAAGGCUCUAAUGAAGGGAGCUCUUCAGGAUCAACAGUCCCUUCCCUGGCUGGUAAAACCCCAUUCCUUCUACUUUCUUCACCACCAUCGCCUCUGCACAGCCUCAAUACACCCACUGCAUCAACCUCCUCCUUGUCUCGAAUUCCCUCGGGAAAAGCUUUGACUCCAAGUCCUUACUCAAGUGGUAUUUCUGCACCUAGCAGUCCUGCUCAUUCAGUAAAGCCCCAGCCUUCAAAUUCUGUAUCCAGCAGUUUGGCACAACUUAAACAACUCAAUGAGGAUUCAUGGACAAAUCCAGCGCAUACAGCUUCAUCAUCACCAGUAACAAUUCUCGUACGUCCAGCACCAACAAGUAUCACUACAAUGACACCGGCAAUGCAAUCUAACCACUCCAGUCGGUCACCAAGGCUUCUUCAAGAGACAUCUGUUUCCGGUUGGAACACCAAAUCUAUGCUUUUCACCCUGCCUGAUAUUGGGGAAGAGAGCACAGAUUAUGAAGACAAUCUCAGCCAUGGAAAAGGAUUGUCUCGAGGUAACGCAGACCCUCGGCUCUCUGACAAUGGAGGUGACCCUCUUCCAGUGCAUUUUACACGGCCUGUCCAGGAAGCCAUUCAUAACUACAUCUGUGAAUCGGUCUCGUCUUUGUCUUCCAGUGGACAAACCACUCCAACAGAUUUAAAUAAUUCUUGGUCAGGGAUUCAAAGCUAUACUACUGGACUGUCCACUGAAAGGAGCUCAGUCUACUCCUGGAGAGAUGAUGAGUUUGAUAAAGCCAACACACAGCGAGUGCAUCACUUAUUCUGGGAUGUGGAUGAGAUGCUGUUUGAAGGCAGCAUUACUUCUCAGAACAAGAACCUGCAAGCAGAAUGCAAAGACUGGACCAAGAGGUCUCUUCAUCUUAGAAUAUUGGGCAAACAACUUAUAUUUCCAAAGGAUGAAGGUUUCCAGCACUUUCAGGGCAGGAAUUCAAGUUCCUCAUCUUUGAGUUCAUCUACAGGUUCCAAGAGUAUUAAUGAGCACUCCAGCUCCUUAAGGCAACUGUGUGUAUCUGGAUCAAUGCUUGUCCCGACAGUAUCACCAUUACAAAGAACUGAUGAGUCCACAUCUAGUACAAGUUCUUUGGGGUCUGAGACAUCAGUUUAUUCAUUCCUGGAGGAAGAGAUCUAUGAUGUGGAAGGCACUAUUGAGGAGUACCUUGCCUAUGACAGCAGAGAGCAUGACGAUGAGGGUUUGGAUCAAAAGAGAACUCAGCUUCACCAAAAGAGGACGAAGCGUGGCAUUCCCCCGGUUUCCCCUAAUGACUGUAUCAAGGACACAGUCGCUGCAGAAGUUUUUGAUGACACUUGGAGGACUAUAGUGGGAUCCAUUCAAGAACUGCUCAUUAAAACAUGGGAAAUUGCCUCAGUUUCAGUGGUAAUAAAACAAGCAGGAAAGAUCCAUCAUUCUGCAAACCACUAUCUUCAGCUUCCAGUUCCUCGUUUAACGUCAGAGACGACAGUCGUUCCUCCAUCACGAGGCUCUGAGGCACGGAGUAGUUCAUAUGGUGCUUAUAUUUUUACGCCGCAGACAAUUCGUAAUUUAGGUAGCGACUUGAAUGGAGUAAUGACGAUACAAGCUAAACCUUUGCAGCACCGCCAUGCUGGACUGGUAGAGAAGACACAUGAACAAGAAGAUAAAAGUUUACCUGCUAUGCCAAGAGUAUUAAACUCUGCAAGAAACCGACUUGGUAGAUCGAGUGACAAUAGCAUUUUUUCAUCCUCUCGGCUUCUACACACUCCUUCUAGGAAAACCCCCACCCAGCGAAGACUGCCUGCUCUUACAUUAGAUCCAAUGCGCUCGAAAACACCCAAUGUGUACAGUGAUGAAGUCCUUAGGGGUACAAAACUAUACACUGGAUUAGACAGGCUGUCUUCACCAUCCAUCCAAACCAGCAGGAACAAACUACCACCAAUUAAUUCAGUGGAAACAGUGGAGCAGCACUUAUCGGUUCCCGGAUCUCGACAUUCUGCCAACAGAACGAAACAACCACACAGCCGGGUAUCUAGUGCAGUACCUGAUACCACAGGACGCCGACCCCUGCGGGAGAAAACAGUUGUAAUAGAACAGUUUUCAAGACCCAAUACAACACACACCUUUAGGUCAGAGACAUCUCACAGAAGAUCUUUUACUCCAUUGGAUUUUGCUAAUCACACAUGGACCGGACAUUCUUUCCUGACAAGUUCACAGUAUCAACCAAAAUCUUUUCAGAGAAAUCCACCGAAUUCACGGAGAAAAUUCCCAGUGCCGUCUUAAUAAGGAGCGAUAAAGGGCAAUAGGAAGUGUGGUUUAGUACCUUUUAAGCCAGUGCUCAUUCUUGCAGAUGUUUACAGUGGAUUUCACCAUUUGCAAUGCAUUGAAUGAAUUUCAUGGCAAAUCUGCAGUACGCUGCAGCAAAAUUCCUACAAUUUAUACAUGUCUGCACCUUGCAACUAUAUUAAGUGCUUCUGAGUCCGAAAAUUGUAAUAUUGGUAAUAUCAUGGAGCACGUCUCUUCUUAUCCUGUUUUACAGCUUGUGGUCACCCUCCGCGCAAAUUUACAUCAUAUAGUAGCAGAUGAGUAUCUUGAGUGCCCCUACCGAUAGAGAGAGGAGCUUCAUUACCUCCAUUUGCUACAUAAAACGAAAUAUAACAGCAGGCAAUAGUCUUCUGUCCCUGCAUAUGUGGUAGUGGGUCCAGCGAGACCUCUAGGGCUUUAGAGGUCAUACGGUGCAUAGCAAAGUGCUCCCUAAAGCAUGACCAUUAUUGCUUGGGAUGGAGAACAUGUUUUAUAUGGAGACUGACUUUACUACAUCAAGCAGCUUUUAUGUCUACAGAAUUGCACAGUUUACAGUUUGUAAUGAUGUAGUCCAACAUGGCCAGAUGCACUGGGCCUGAAGACCUCUCAGAUAUUGGAGAAACGAUCAUUUAUUUAAAGAAGACCUGUCACCACUCCUGACAUGUCUGUUUUAUUUUCCUGAGAAUCUUUUCUCCUAAACCUAUGCUGAGUCGUUCCUCGGUUAUUCCUACUAGAAUCCUAUGAAUAAAUUGACAGCUGAGUGUUACCAGUUGGAGGUUUAUUGCUGCCAGUGUCCGGCACACCCCAUUGACAAGGAGAAGGGUAACAUCCAGUUCUUAAUUUGUUCAUAAACUCUAAGGAAUGGCACAACAGAGUUAUAAGAAAAGGUGCUCCAAAACUCUUAUUUCUUGGUGGAAUGCAAGCAUGUGCAAAAUCAGACAUGUCCAGAGUGAUCAGACCUAUCUUUCAUACAUUACAUGUGAUCUGAAAUUCUGGCUAUGGAAAGAUUCCUUCAAAUGUAGGUAUAUACUUUGCAGGCCUACUAUUUGAACAGGCUGAUACUGACCAUCAAAGUUAGGCCUCUUUCACACGGCCGCUUUUUUUUUUUUCUCGGGCCGUUUUUUGCGUUCAGUAUACGGUCCGUAUACGGAACCAUUUAUUUCAAUGGUUCCACAAAAA